CUCCACCAUUGCAGUGAACCGGCUCGAACCUCCAUUUUUUUGUGAUAGUUUGUUCCCCUCCCGAGAAAUCCUAGAUACUCGGUAAAACUGUGCAUCAUGAUUGCCAUUGGGAUUGAGGGUUCUGCCAACAAAGUUGGAGUGGGCAUCAUCUUCCACCCCGAAGAUGGUAGCAUCCCGCAGGUGCUCGCCAAUGUCCGGCACACCUAUGUCACCCCUCCCGGCGAGGGCUUUCUCCCCAAGGACACUGCCCGCCACCAUCGCGCCUGGGUGGUAAAAUUGGUUAGGCAAGCGCUGCAAGAUGCGCGCAUUUCCGUCAAAGAGGUUGACUGUAUCUGUUACACCAAAGGUCCCGGCAUGGGCGCCCCGCUGCAGAGUUGCGCCAUUGCCGCGCGCAUGUUGAGUCUACUCUGGGGCAAGGAAUUGGUGGGAGUUAAUCACUGCGUUGGACAUAUCGAAAUGGGCCGGGCUAUCACCGGUGCACAAAAUCCAGUCGUCCUCUACGUCUCCGGCGGGAAUACACAGGUCAUCGCAUAUAGUUCUCAGAGGUACCGUAUCUUCGGUGAAACUCUUGACAUCGCCGUCGGAAACUGUUUGGAUCGCUUCGCACGCACACUGCACAUUUCUAAUGAUCCUGCGCCGGGCUACAACAUCGAGCAAUUGGCCAAGAAGGGUAGGCGACUCGUAGACCUACCUUACACCGUCAAGGGGAUGGACAUCUCUAUGUCUGGCGUGCUGGCGGCGAUUGAUGCGCUGGCCGUACAGUAUGGACUCGAUGGGGAAUGGGACGAGAAAGAGGAGAUCGCGGACCCUGCCCUGGUGGCAGCAGAUGACGAGAAGCCGACUCGUGCAGAUCUCUGUUUCUCGUUGCAAGAAACAGUCUAUGCCAUGCUGGUUGAGAUCACGGAACGGGCGAUGGCACAUGUGGGCUCGAAAGAUGUGUUGAUUGUGGGAGGCGUCGGUUGUAAUGAGCGGUUGCAAGAGAUGAUGGGCAUCAUGGCCCGGGACCGUGGUGGCACAGUGCAUGCUACAGAUGAAAGGUACUGCAUCGACAACGGCAUCAUGAUCGCUCAGGCCGGUCUCAUGGCAUACAAGACUGGCUUCCGGACGCCGAUCAAGGACGCCACGUGUACGCAACGAUUCCGCACGGACGAGGUGUUUGUGAAAUGGAGGGAUUGAUCUGAGAGCCGAUUCUUCAAAGAGUUAUGAGUUUUAUGAUAUAGUAAUAGAGGAUAGAUAAUUGUUUUC